AUGGUGCAGGCGAUGCGAGAUGGCAGUCAGGGCAGGGCAGACGGCGUGGACGGCGUGGAUGGCAAGGGGAGAGAGAAGCGUGGUGCGAGUUGGACCCAAAGCCAGCCGCCGCUGGGGCCGUUGGGUUUGCGCACUUCGCUAAUUCGGCGCGCAUCGUUUGGACUCAUGGCAGGCAAGGGAGUUGUUCUGGAGGUGAAGCCUACUUCUUCCCGACCGCGCGAGGCCCAAACGGGCAUCCUCCAUCUGAACUUCCUCACCAGCGACUUUUCGCCAGCGACUGCGAGACGGGCUUUUGCAUUUCUAUCGGGCGGGCCUCGUCUCUCUCGCAGGGCCAGGCACACAAGGGUUGAUGUUCCUGUUGGAGAAGGCCCGUGUGGCAGUCAUUCGGUUUGGCUCGUCGUAGCGUUCCAGCGCAGUUGCCGCUUCCUUCUUCCAUGUCCUGCCUCAUCCCUCCAUCCAAUCCGCGGCCCACCAAUUUCCUCCCACGGAAACCUUAUGCUGUGCCACACCUCGUUGCAGUCGCUGCACGCCUUUGUCUCUCGCUGCAUCCAUCAUUGUGCCUCCAACGCUGCCAUGUUCGGGGAGACCAGGAAUGUGCACAAGCGUUCCAGGCCGCGCAGCCGGCGCCUUUGCCCCCUCCACACCGUCAGCUCACUGGAAGAAGCCCCAAGUCAUCAAGUUUCGGAAGCAGAGCAUCUCGAAUAG